GCCAUAGUAAUCAAUAUAACACCCCAUUCACAGCGGUAUUGUAAGCUAGCUUAAAGACUUCUAACGAUAUAUAACUGAAAUUUCCUUGGGCAUCUGGAACGCACCGCACCACCCGCUUGAAGAAUUCACUGGCCGGCAUUGACUGCCCCCUGAACGCCCCACACAGCACUUCCUCCUGCUGCAUGCUGUUUUAUUUCAAUGGCAGGCAACUCGCAAAUAUAUAUGGCAGAGUUGGCGAGUCUGGUGCAGCGGCUGGAGGUGGCGGUGGGCCGCCUGGAGGGCAUAUCAGGCCCCGGUAGCGGCAAUGGAGGGUCUGCCGGUGGAGCGGUAGCAGCUUACGUUGAGGCCUUUGACGAGAUCAUGAAUGGCCCUGUGACUCAGUAUUACUCCAUCAGCCAGCAGAUAGCUGGGGAUGUCCUGAAACAUGCAGAAAUGAUGAAGCAGGCAUUCACCUGUCAGAAACAACUCAUUAUUAUGGCCUCCUCUUCCCAGAAGCCCUCCGAUACGGUCCUGACCAACCUCCUGCAGCCGGUGUGUAAAGCCAUCCAGCAGGUGCAAGCGUUCCGCGAGCAGAACCGCACGUCUCCGUACUUCAACCACCUCUCCGCCGUCAGCGAGAGCGUGCCUGCCCUCGGAUGGGUUACCAUGGACCCAAAGCCAUGCCCGUAUGUUAAAGAGAUGCAGGAUGCUGCCAUGUUCUACACCAACCGUGUGCUUAAGGAAUACAAGGAAAAGGACAAGAAACACGUGGACUGGGUGCGAGCCUAUUUGUCAAUCUGGACUGCAUUGCAGGCUUACAUCAAGCAGCACCACACCACCGGUCUGUCCUGGAGCAAGACUGGCCCGGUGGCAUCAGCGGCUACAGCCCCUCCCAGUGCGCCUGGUGGAUGCGCUCCCCCACCUCCUCCUGGCCCGCCACCUCCCCCCAUGGACAUCAGCGAGACCUGUGGCGACAGUGACAACACCAAUCGCAAUGCGUUGUUCAAGGCCAUCAACAAAGGAUCCGACAUCACCAAGGGCCUCAGGCAUGUCAAUGACGACGAGAAGACACACAAGAAUCCCAACCUCAGAACUCAAGGGGCUGCUGUGCGCACCGGACCGAAGCCCUUUAGUUCCCCCGCCGCCCGACCUGCCGCAUCGGCCACCCCAGCACGCUCUCUUCCCCCCGUGCUUGAGCUGGAUGGAAAGAAGUGGAAAGUGGAGAACCAAGAAGGUGCACAGAAUCUGGUGAUCAGUGACACCGAGCUCAAGCAGGUGGUUUACGCUUUCAAGUGCAAUACGAGCACUCUGCAAGUCAAGGGCAAAAUCAACUCCAUCACUCUUGAUAACUGUAAGAAAAUGGGCUUGGUGUUUGAUGACGUCGUGGGCAUUGUGGAUGUCAUAAACUGCAAGGAUGUUAAAGUCCAGGUUCUGGGUCGGGUUCCUACCAUCUCCAUCAACAAGACGGACGGUUGCCACGUGUACCUGAGCAAUGACUCGCUCAACUGCGAGAUCAUCAGCGCCAAGAGCUCAGAGAUGAACAUCCUUGUUCCCCAAAAAGAUGGCGAAUUUACGGAGCUCCCGGUUCCUGAGCAGUUCAAGACGGUCUGGGACGGCCAGAAGCUCGUUACCACAACAACAGAAAUGGCAGGGUAGAGGUAGCAGCAUGAGAAACAGCCGUCUGUUCUCGACACCGCCGCACACACGUACACACACACCCCGAAAACCCACUCUUCCCCCCCCUCCUUACGUUCCACCUGACUGAUGUGACCCCACUCACCAGCUAAAACCCACAUACUGUCGAGGUGAGAAUCGAACACUCCCAUUCCCCCCAGUUAGCCAAUCGCAGCUUUAGCUGUUUCUUCCCACAGCCAAUGAGGACUGCUCACUUUUUAUCAGAAGCAUUCCUCCAGCCAAUCAGCAGGGAGCACUUUGCCAUUAGGUAUAUUUUCUAUUAAUCUGGGUCAUGCUGUGCUUUUCACCUAAAUUCCAAGCCGGUAGUAUCAAGAUGCUUCACUUAUUUCUUACAUAUUUUUUUUUGUGGCUUGAUAGAUUAGUGCUCCUUAACAUGCAAUGAACAGCACUUGUUGACAAAUCCCUUCCACGGCCUCCAUAUCGCACAUUGACUCAUGAAUAUUAACAGAUGUUGUGGAUAUUAAAUAUCGUCUGCACAUAAAUUAGCAGUAUAAUCAGGUUGUGUAUGUGCACCGAGACCUCUCUACUCUUCCAAUGAAAUGCAUCAUCUCAUUCGAAUAGAACAAGAUCACAAGCACGUGUCUUUGUGUACACAUUCCCGAGUAUUAGACAUUCCAUGUGAGAAGAGGCUUGUAAGGAAAGGUUUGUGGCGAAGGGCAACGUGGUUUUCUGAGAGACGUGUCACCGUGUGAUGUCUAGAUCCUGGUCCUAACUUAACUCUGUAGACAUGUCUGCACCAUUUGGCUAGCAGUUUUUUUUUUAUAUAUUUCUUUCACCUCUUUUUUGGGGGGGAAGGGGGCAGGGUCCACAAUCUUGAUUUCUGCUCAUUAGUACUGGAGACAUCAUUAAAAUGUUGCAAUAACA